AUGUGCCACAAAACACCGCGCAACCGCAAGUGGUCGAUAAUUCAGUUGAUGUUAACAAAGACUGGAACAUUAACAAUGAGCAGGAAUCUCCAAAUUCAUUUGGAAAUAACACUUGAAGCAGUUGUUGAGACCAAGAUCAAAAGUAAUAAAGGUCGAUUGACUCGCCUGAUCAAUUACACAACUGGUGAGCCAAAAGAAUUGAUCAAAAGCUGUAUAUAUGAUACAUCAGAACAUUGCUACUCAAGAGCAAAGGAUCUUCUGAAGAAAACCUACGGUGAUCAAUUCAGAAUUGCAAAUGCCUACAGAAAGGAGCUCAGAGAAUGGCCCACUCUCUGUGCUGGUGAUUCUAAAGCGUUCAGAAAGUUCUAUACGUCCCUCAUAAAAUGCUACGGUGGUUUGGAGAGACAAAUAAAAAGCGAACUAAACUCUCCAGAAGUCCUCAGACAACUUCAAUCAAAGCUCCCACAAGCCUUGCAACAAAGAUGGAAUCGGACGGUUCUCAACGUUCGUCGGAAAAACCAUCACGAAGCAGAGCUGAGGGAUUUUGUUGACUUCAUGGAGCAAGAGACAACGCUUGAAAAUGAUCCCCUCUACUCUAGAGAAGCCAUCAGUGAAUUGAAGAAUAAAAACGAUAAUGACGUGAAAAACAAGAAAGAUCCACCCAAACUUAAAACAAACCUGACGGGCGUCACCAGAGAUUGUCUCUACUGUUUGAACAAACAUAAAUUGGAAGAUUGUCGAAAAAUAAUGAAAAUAGACGUAGAGGAAAGAAACAAAUUUGUUUGGGAGAAGAAGCUUUGUUUCGCGUGUUUGGAACCAAUUACCAGCAAUCACCAAGCAAGAAAUUGCGAAAACAAAUUGUCUUGCAAGACGUGCAAAAAGAGGCACCCAACCAUUUUGCAUGGUUCCAUCCGACCAAAGAGGACCAACAAGAACGACAAGGAAAAUAAUGAUAAAAAGGAAGAUGAGGAGCCUGAAAUCUCAAAUGCAUUUGCAAGAACGAAGAAAUCUGUUUGUUGCAAGACAGAUAACAACGUAGAAAUCAUCAGCAUGUCUGUAGUGCCUGUGGUGUUGUCGCAUCCAAAGUCUGCUGAGUCAAUCACAACCUAUGCUAUGUUGGAUAAUCGCAGUCAGGGUACGUUCAUAACCGAUGAAAUCGUUCAUCGCUUGAAUUUAACUGGUAUUUCGUCGACGAUCGUCGUGAAGACUCUCACAAGCGAGAGUCGUGAAGAUUCUUGUCUAAUAACCGCCUUGAUGGUAGAGCCCAUUACACGAGAUUUCAAAGUAACAAUACAGAGUUGUUACAGUAGAAGACAUCUUCCAAUAGAUCCCAUGGAAAUACCUACUCCCGAGAAAAUUGCUGAAUGGCCUCAUUUGCGACAUAUAAAGCAUUCCUUUCACAAAUACGAUCCUGGAAUACCGAUUGGUUUGCUUAUUGGAGCCAAUUGCCCACAAGCGCUAGAACCGAUAAAGGUAAUUCCAUCCGAUAGAAAUGGACCAUAUGGGUUAAAAACAAGGUUGGGAUGGAGUCUUGUCGGACCUGUGCUUCGUCGCAAAGGGGAGAAGCAGAAAAUUCGAUGCAACAGAAUUGCUGUGAAAGAUUCCUCCACUGACAAAGUUGCUGCACUUCACCUAAUUCAACAAGAUGAAUUACGGGAUGUAACAAUUGAGGGGAUGCUGAAAAGAAUGUACGAUGCUGAUUUUUCAGAAAUGAUCGCAUUCAAGAAUAUUAAAAGUGAUUACGUAUCCAUUCACGACCAAAAAUUUUUAUCACUAAUGGAAAAGGAAGUAAAAUUUGUAAAUGGAAAAUAUCAACUCCCGCUGCCUUUAAUAAACCAACUUCCAUUUCCAAAUAAUAAAUGUCAGGCCUUGGCAAGGCUGAAAUGGAUCAAGAAGAAGCUUGAAAGUAAUUCGAUCUUCAAAGAGGAUUACCUCACGUUCAUGAACAACCUGACGACCCAAGGUUCCGCGGAGAUGGUUCCAGAGCAGGAAGUUGAAAGGGAACCUGGUCAUGUGUGGUAUAUUCCCCACCAUGGAGUUUAUCAUCCGCGUAAGCCUGGGAAGAUCAGAGUAGUAUUUGAUUGUACUGCUACAUACAAAGGACAACUCAUGCAAGGCCCAGAUAUGACAAAUCUGCUAGUUGGAAUUCUGUGUAGAUUCCGGUUGGAACCAGUAGCGUUUAUGGCGGAUAUCGAGUCCAUGUUCUAUCAGGUUAAGGUGCCGCCGAAUCAACGGGAUUAUUUGCGAUACCUUUGGUGGCCUGAUGGGGAUACCUCUAAAGAUUUGGUAGAUCAUCGCAUGACUGUCCAUAUAUUCGGUGGAAAUUCCUCCCCAAGUUGUUCCAACUAUGCCCUGAAAAGAAGUGGAACAGACAACGAAAGUGAAUUUGGUGAGGAGGCUGUGAAAGUUAUUAUGAAGGAUUUUUAUGUCGACGAUCUUUUGAAAUCCGUGAAAAGUAUCGAAGAAGCCAUCAAAAUCAUCAAAUCAACGAUACAAAUUUGA